AUGCGUCUUAUUUCACAAGCCCCAGGAGAUGAAAUACAGGAAAUGAGAUCUCUACUAUAUCUUACUGCAAAAUCUGCCAUUGCACAUCUCGAGUCAGCUGGAAUUGUCACGGUACGACUUAUUCAAGCUCGGUUGUUGGUGGCGAUUUACGAACUUGGCCAUGGCUUGGGUCCUGUAGCUUCCAUCUCUGUUAAGGCCUGUGGAGUCUCGGCCCGUGCUCUUGGUCUUGAUCAGACUUUGAGUUCGCUCUGGUCUUAUCCUUUUGCACAAUCAGAAGAAGAGCGAAGACUGUGGUGGAGCAUCUUUAUCGUGGAAAGGUACAUCGGUCUUGUGGAGGCUGACGAUGUGUUUGUCGUGAAAGCGCCAAGUUUACAAGAUAUACUUCCCAUGCCCGAAUCGUUUUUGGAACAAGAGACCGCCAAUGUCCGAACGCCACAGACCAUGCUGGGGCCUUUAAGCGUCACGGCUGGGUCACUAGCACGACUGUGCCAAGCUUGCUCUCUUGCCGGGCAAGUCCUCACUCAUAUACUCUCCCCAUCAAGUGACUCGGACUUCAAUGUACGGGAAAGGGAGCAGCUUGGUAGUACAUUGCAGGCAUACAACACUGUCAUGCUGUCAGACAUCAACGUGGAGAACAGUAAAGAAUAUUGCCCUGCCAUCGGGGUCUGCAGCAGCUCACUCAUGAAACUUUACAAACAAAAACUGGAUGGAGCAAAUGCAGAAAGCAAGACCUCGGCCCUAGACGCACUGAGAUCUAUCUCUGAUCCGAUCGUUCGCUUAUCAAAUCUGCUCUACAACAAUGUGGACGACAUUGAUAUUGAUUCUCUGACAUUGUUCGUUCCCAACUGCCUGUUUGAAGCGGCACAGGUGCAGCAGAAGUUCUGGAAGGAGACCGCGGGACUUAAGUACAAACAUGGGUUCGAAUCUCUCAAGCGUGUGCUGCGUAAACAUGCGAAGCGAUGGAGAAUUGCCGGUAAAUGUUUACUAUUCAACAUUGGACGGGCUGUGAUAGGCCUUGGAUUCGACGCUCAGCAGGUCCUCAUCGUGAUCAUUCGACGGAACUCUUGCUGUACGACGAAGUUGUCCUACGAGUAA